AUGAUCGAAGAGCUCCAUAAAGUUCACGAAGCGUCUAUUUACUGCCUGGCAAUGUCGCCCAAUGGUCACUACCUCGCCACUGGGUCAAAUGAUAAAGCGGUGAAGAUCUUCUCAAAUGCUUCUGAAGGAUUGAAAAUGCAGACAGAAAUGACGAAUCACGAUGGAACGGUGCGUGCUGUUCAAUUUUUGCCUGACGCUGGACAAAACGCAAUUCUUGCCUCUGGAGGAGCAGGAAGUGGCCGUGUCUAUUUGACAGAUGUAGCUGCAGAGCAAGUGCUAUCAUAUGUUUUGCCAAGCAACGCAGGUGUUAUUACCGAUAUCACUGCGCCUAGCCGCCACCUUCUCUACCUGACAUCUGGGCCGACUGUUGUUUCGUGGGACACUCGGCAGAAAAAUACAGAAACUCUUUCCCUUGGUGACUUGGCUGUUCAAUCGCUAUCCUCAAAUACUGGUGAACCGAACUUUCUCGCUACUGGCUCUGAAAAUGGAACUGUUGCCUUCUGGGACAUGCGAAAUACUGAACUGCCUCUUUACCAACAAAAAGCUCACAAUAAAGCCGUCAGAAGUAUUGCCAUGCAAGGACAAUGGCUCAUCGCAGGUUCUAUGGACCAGCACAUUUCACUUCACAACCUUCAGAAGUUCCAAAAUUUGGUUACAAUUGAUUGCGGAGAAAAAGUGGUCGGAUGUGACAUUAGCACCGACAUUGACUGCGCCAUUUCCACUCAAUCCGAUGGCUCUUGCCACUUUUGGAAGAUUUCAUUCGACUCUGCCGAGCUCUAG